AUAAGAAUAACGCAAUAACAGCUGUUUCGUUUGAGCAACUGAUGAAUAUGAUUAUUGACAUCGUACAGUAGCUACACAUAUUGUAAUGGCGAAAAAAAGAGAACUUGACGAGCAGAAAUUAAGGGAGGAAAUUGAAAGGAUAACAAAGAAUGAUAAAAGUGUGUGUAAAUCAGGGGGUAAGACAUACAAAGUGGGGGAGACUUGGAGGGACAAAGGAAAGUGUGAAGUGAGAGCAUGUCACCCCGGAGGUCUAAUCUCCGUCAUGCCGUGCCCAAGGUUUAUAUAUGACAAGAAGAAGCCACGACCAGAUUGUGCUACAGUGCCCGGCGACACGACCCUAGAGUACCCUGACUGUUGUGAAUAUGUCUACUGCAAGCCCAAGAUUGACAAGCCAGGAUAAUACUGCAAAGACAAGAUGAAAAGACUAUUCUAUUUAGGUUACUGCUUGAUUUUAACAUCUUAUUACAACUUUCAACUGA